GAAUUCACAUCGUUAUUCCCCUCUCACUCCGUGAUCCUCAAUCUCACUCCCUCGCCUUCCCGGGAUCCAGACCCGUGUCCGGAAUCCACUGGAUCACUCCCCUUCUCUGAGAUACAGACCCGUGUCCGGAAUCCACAGGAUCACUCCCCUUCUCCACGGGGUGUAGACGCUGGUCCGUGAUCGGGCGAUCAGCACGCCCUCUCCCCACCCCACCUCCCUGGGACCCCAACCCGUGUCUGGUUCGUCGCUCUCAUCCUUAAUCUGGCCGCGGAAAUGGCUGGAGAGGAGCAACAGGAACCCAGCUCACAGAAACUACUCCCCCCGCUGCUGCUGCUGCUGCUAAAUGUUGUUGCUGCUGUUUCAGGUGACUCGCCUGUCCCAGUUUCUGGGUUCCUUGGGGAACAGGUUGUGCUGCCCUGUACCUACAGUGGGAAUGUCCCAGUCUCUGAUUUACUGGUUAUCUGGGGAACACUCAAAUAUGAAUUUUUACACCAGUUUGUCAAUGGGAGUGAAGAUUUGAGGGAACAAGACCCACGAUUCAGAAACAGAACAAACCUGUUCAAAGAUCAACUGGAACAAGGCAACUGGUCAGUUCUGAUCUCUGACCUCAGGGAGUCAGACCAGGCUGAGUACGAUUGUCAGAUUUACAGAAAGGUGGGAGAUCAACUUCAUUGGGAGAACGUUGUUCAAGUCAAUCUCUCUGUGACAGAGCGAGCUCCUACACCUGGACCGUACACACCUGUACCAGGUCCUGGACUUGCCAUUCGAGCAAGAGUUGGAUUGGGAAUUGGGAUUGUUGCUGUGAUUGUUGCUAUUGUUGUAGUUGGUGGAAUUAUGGGUUACAUCAUCCUAGAGCGACAAAGAUGGAAUUGUGACCAAAAACAGUGCACCAGCAAUCACAAAUCAAGAAUAGAUCCUCUGACUGACAGGGGUUACCGUUUUGGGUGAAGCACGGAGCCUUGUACCAGCAGCACCUGAGCAUCAGGAUGGAGCGGCUGGAGAACAAAACCUUCUGGGGAACGGGGCUGCCCAGCACUGACUGAGUUUCCACCGCACUGAGCCUGGCUCAGGGAGUGGCAGGGGCAGUCAGCCCAGUACUGUGGCAAAUGACUAGGAACAUCAGUUAGUUCCUGAUGACAUUAUUAACUUGUUCUCAGUGUGGGUGAUACUGCCAGGGCCCCAUUUAUUGUCCAUGUGGCCUUGACCCACUGCAGUCCUUGUAGUGAUGGUGCCCCCACACUGGGGAACAUGGGAAGAGGCUUCAGAAACUCCCCCUGCAGCAGCACCUACUGGGCAAAGCCAGGAACUGCAUUACUGCCAGCAAUUGUUUCAUAUCCAAGAUUCAGAUUCCAGCUGGUUUAUGGAUUGAAAUUGCAUCGGACAAAUGUAUACCCUGUGUACAGAUUAUUCAUACAGAAAUUAUCUGUGUACAAUUCAAUCAUUGCAUGUUGUGAAUCUUUCAUGUACAGUUCCUUUUUCUGUGUACUGUGCCAGAGUGUGAUUCAAGGGAACCUGGUAUUGAUGUGUGUAUAUAGAAUUCUGUAAAUAUUUUAUAUUGAUACACAUGUAUUUCUGUUCUGGUUAUUUGUAUUUAUACUGUACAGAGGUGUCAUCCAUGUUUAAAUAUGUGAUUUUUCUAUAUAAUUGCAUUUGUUGUAAAAACAUUAAUUAUGGAUAUAUCUGUAUUUCUACCCUGAUAUUUGUAACUUUUUUCUACCUGUAGUUUUUG